AUGAGGCGUCUUGACAUCGUCUCGAACGCCGCACGAUGCCACGCAAUCCUGUCACGCCUAUACUUGGGCCACACCUACUUGCACGAUAAAUUUAAAGAGUACAGGGAAAUCUUUGACAAUUGGGCGGAUUGCCCGGAUCUACCAGACGGACCGGCCCCGGACACGGAGCGCAAACCGCAAAAGAAGGCAGGAAAGAACAAAGCUCAAGAUGGGGAUGACGCUCCCAAAUCGAUCUUGAAGGACGCGCAGCAGAAACACGAAGCCGUCGAAACAGCUCAGAGGGAGAAAUUAGACAAAAUCGACGUACCAUUUGGGGAAAUUUUUGAAGUGGUCGAGAUAUCCAACAUGGCGUCUAGAGAAAAAUUCUUGGCAAUCAACAAGGACAAAAGAGAAAAGAUGGAGGAGUUGGAGAAAACAAUUAAGCGCAUCAAGUUUCAGAUAGCAGUGGACAAGGAAAUUAACGCCAAGGAGCCAACAAACGUCGCGUCCGUCGUCGCAGGAGCGUUAUUCAUGAUGACGGUUGGGGUUUGCGCUGGUGCCGCAAUGGUCGCAUCUGGAAGAUCUUAA